AAAAGAAUACACAUAUUUACGUAGUAGACUCAGACCCGCUGUUUGUAGCUGCUUCCUUUCUUAGUUGCGACGCCAUUGGCUUUUGCGGGUGAAACUGCUUCCUUGUGGCUAGGUGAACCUGGAAUGAUGAUUUUCAUCGCGCCGCCUCCUUUUGGUCUGAUGAGACCACGGUUGUGAUCAUCUAGGCCAGGUAACCACCACGUUGCAAAAUUUAGGCAAUUGGAGCUUUGACGCACUUGCACGUGCCACCUCAACCCUCAUUGCCACCGGUAGUUCUUGCUGCAUGUGGUGGCAUGUCCAACCUCCUCUCUAGUGAUGACCACCAACAUCGGUCUCGUCUCUCCAUCUUUCUAGAUUUCGUGAUGAUCGCAAUCACUCUCACAAGCAAGGCAAAGGGCGUCUCAAGUGCGAACAUUGUCACAGGCUCAAUCACAGAGUUGACUGGUGUUAUGCUUACAUGGUUUGUGUUGUGACAUAGCAUUGCAUACUAUUGACGUGGGAGAAGUUGUGUAUCUAGUGAGUUGAUUAGGGAUAGAAGGUGGUGAUUCGAGUUCAACAUUCAGCAAUGGAUGUCGACGAAGCAGAGAGUGAAGUUUCAGUUUCUUCUGCUAUUGCCAAUUCAAUCGCUCCUCGGCAGAAUCAAUUUCUUUCUCCGGAAGAUCUUGCUUGGGCUGAUUCCUGCCUAGUUAAAGAUUCUUCUGAUAUUUCAGAAACUGAUUGGAUCCCUUUGAAAAGUGCUUUAUUAGAAAUUAUCAGCUCCCAGUCUGAAUUUUCCAGAGAAGAUAUAGAAAUUCCUCCCCACUCUCUUAGUUCUGAAAGUAUUACUAUGGAACUUAAUCAGCAAUCUUCAACUUCUGACGGGAGACGAUUAUCUGAGUCGUCUUCAACAUAUAAUGUGAACCCAUUAAGUGUGGUAGCAGAAACAAGCAGUGAUGAAAUUCCAGAUGAUGAAACGAUUGCCAACUUGCCAUCUCUCAAUCCUUUUCUGCCAACUUAUAAUGAAAAUCUGGAGGAGAAGAAAACCAUUGAUUUUGGAUUUGAUCUGGAUUCUUCCUCUUACGAGACGGAGCAACUCGCUGACAAUAUCUUCAAAAUUUGGGAUUUAGAUAUUCCAUCUGAAGAAGGUGAACUGGUUAAACAGUUGGAUAAAGCCUUGUCAGAGAAUUCCUUUCAAACAGUGUCAUCAUCUUCUGAUGACCCAGUGAAAUGGACGGACAUGAAGGACAGCUCAAUCGAUGAUCUUGUUGCUGAAAUUGCUGACUUGUCAUUAAACAGAAGUGCAUAGUGUUCAUUGAGUUUUACGUAGGUUUAAGAUUGUUCAGUUAUUUAUGCUUACUGUGAAGUAUUAGUAUUUAGAAGUUCGAAGCCUCUUUUGCUGCAAUGUUGAUAUUUCUUUUAUUUGGAACAAUGACCAAGCCCUGAGUUAUCUUUGCAACAUAUGAUUCUCAUCUGUUGUAUACAAAGCUGCCCGUUAUCAAGACAAUUGUGUAAAGGGAUCGAGAAACAAAGGAAAACACAGGACAUACAUUAUUUUAGUGCUUA